AUAUUGCGUCAUGUGGUUUGAUCUGCGUAACAUAAACCUGGAUUAUUAUCGCUGAACACCGGAAAGCUGACCGUUGUUGCUUAUUUACCGGCUACGAUUAGUUGUUGGUUUUCUCGAUAGAUAGAAAUUUUCCGUGUAGACUUCUUAUAUAAAACAGUCGCUAACGCCAAGAAUUUUAUAACUGUCUUUUAUUAAAUCGAAGUCAUCCGUUUUUACUGAAAGCAGCAGCAGACUCGAUCUUAAAAGUCGUUGACAGAAAUUUAUUUGUUUCUAUUAGCGAACCUUCCUCUUAACGCUUUAAAUCCUCUGUAGUAGUACGUACUACCGAAUUCGAAGAAUGCAUCUUAUAUUAUUUUGUGUUCUUCUUAUGACGGCGUUUUCUGAUGCUUAUCCCAACCGCAGCGCUGAUUCAAACAGGAACUCGGUGCUGUACCUCUGCAAUGGACAGUAUUACAACUAUCCUUAUCCAUCCUGUACUUAUCCCGGCGUGAUUGUGGGAACCCCGAUUCCAGGAGCCACACAAGGCCCCAUCGAGCCUACCGUAAUUUGGAUGAAAAGAUUUGGGAAACAAUGAAUCGAUUAACUGGAAAGAGUCCGCUAACUAGAGUCUUCGGUUUUUAGAUUUGCUGAUAUUUGUUAUUUUUGGUUGGUACAUCAAAUUUUUACUGACGGAGGGCUUUUUGUUGCUAGUAUUAAUGUUGAUGAUCAGAUUAAAAAUUCUUUGUUGUGG